AUUUCGUUGAUAUUAAGUAUUCAACACAUAAGCUAUUUACUAUCUCCAAUCGAUCGCCAUUUCACCAAACUCGAUCUGUCCAGCAUCACACUAGCAACUAUGGAACCAGCCAGCCAUGUCGCCAUAGUCCCAACUCCAGGUCUAGGGCACCUGAUACCCCUCCUCGAGCUGGCGAAACAACUUGUCGUCCACCACAACUUCGCCGUCACUUUCUUCAUUCCCAACGACGGCACGAACCUCGCACCACAAAAGAAAGUCCUGCAAGCUGCGCCGGAGGCCAUUUCCGCCAACUUUCUCCCUCCCGUUAGCUUCGACGACCUCCCAUCAGACACUGCAAUGGAAACCAAGAUAGCUCUUACCUUGACUCGGUCGCUCUCGGCUAUCCGUGACUCGGUUAAAGCCCUAGCCGAGUCGACUAAGCUGGUGGCGCUUGUUGUUGAUCUCUUUGGUUCUGAUGCCUUUGAUGUGGCCAAUGAGUUUAAUGUACUGCCCUUCCUUUUCUUCCCUAUUAAUGCGAAGAGUUUGUGGUUUGUGUUUGAGUUACCGAACCUUGACGAGACUACUACGGGUGAGUACAGGGAUAUGCCUGAACCGGUUCAGCUUCCGGGUUGUGUGCUGCUCCAUGGUAGAGACUUCCCAGACCCGGUUCAAGAUCGGAGCAAUGAGGCUUAUAAGGCGGUGGUCCGCAUCAGCAAGAAGUAUACGUCCGCUGCUGGGAUCUUGGUGAAUAGCUUUGCGGAUUUGGAACAGGGUGCUUUCAAGGCAUUCAAGGAGCAAGGACCAGGUCUCGGUCUUCCGCCGGUUUACCCGGUCGGACCGUUGAUACAGGGCAGUACGGCGGAGGUGGGUGAGAAUGAGUGCUUGAGCUGGUUGAAUGCUCAGCCAAAGGGGUCGGUGUUGUUUGUUUCGUUUGGAAGUGGUGGAACCCUCACUAGUGAGCAAAUGACAGAGUUGGCUUCAGGGCUUGAAAUGAGUAGGGUCAGAUUUAUUUGGGUUGUUAGGAGUCCGCAUGAGAAACUGAAGAAUGCUUCUUAUUUUGGUGCUCAAACUUCCAACGAUCCUUUGAGUUUUCUACCCCAAGGGUUCUUAGAGAGAACCAAAGAUGUAGGUCUUGUGGUAACCUCUUGGGCUCCCCAGGUUCAAAUUUUGAGUCACCCGUCGACGGGCGGGUUUUUGACUCGUUGCGGGUGGAAUUCGACCCUGGAAAGCAUUGUGCAUGGUGUGCCUUUGAUCGCUUGGCCACUCUAUGCAGAGCAAAAGCUGAACGCAGUUUUGCUUGCUGAAGACAUAAAGGUAGCAUGUAGGGUUAAGGUGAAUGAAAGGGGCAUAGUGGAGAGUCGUGAUAUUGCGAAAUAUGCAAAGGAACUUAUCGAAGGCGAUGAAGGAAAGUUGCUCAAGAAGAAAAUCAUGGAGCUUAAAGAGGCGGCCAAGGUUGCUCUGAGCCAAGAUGGAUCCUCUACAAGAUCACUUGCGGAGGUAGCCGAUAUAUGGAACGGAACUGUGGCCUGAUCCGAUUUGUCAAUUUAUAUUUUCUUGCAAAUUAAACGAGACAUUGUCGUCUUU